AUGGCCACCGAGUCCAUCUCAAGCCCCAACAUGCAAGACGCUCUUCUCCCCCGCCUCCAGAGGAUCACCGAUAGUCUCCAAGACGCAGUCACACAUCUCCGCCACCGCCAGCCGGUCCUGGUGAUCGUAUCUAUCCGCCCUCGCUAUGUCAUACUCCCGAAUAGCAACAUCGCCAGCCAGGGAGAACUUCCCCCCAACCACGCCCUGAUCCAUCCCGCCAACCGCGUGUUCCACCUGCAAAAAAGCGGCCAACUCGAUAGUGCGAAUAUGGUCUGUCUCGGCCGCAAUUCCCGGCUCGAACUUUCCACCGCGAAGCUGGUGGCCAACAUCACGGCGGCUGGGGAGGACGGCGGAGCGAUGUGGAGGCGGUUGUUGCGUAUCGUCAAGGAUGCGAGGGUGUCUGCUGUGAACCGCCCAAAGGGUGCAGCUGGUACCUGGAGGGGCAAGUGGGUGAGGGAAGCUUGCGAGAAGAUCGCGGAGCUGAAUACGCCCGGUGCCGGCGUGGCUUGCUUUCGUGUCGAUGUUAUCACCAAGCACAAGGAUGGGCCGCUAUUCAGGACUAGGGAGUAUAAUCGUGUCGGUGGACGCUCUGUUAUGGUCGAUAAUUGCGAGUGGACUUCAUGUUCGUAUGAGCUCUGGAGCACCAUCUCCUACUGGGGCCAUCUUUCCUACCCUAUCAAGUUGACCGUGCAGGACAACUUCCCGGGCACGUGGGAGGAUACGUAUAUCAACGGUAGUAGUAGUGAGGUGUCUGCAGAGGUUGUACCAGUUGUGCAUCAAACUGGAGGUUGGAGGAGUUAUGCGGACAGUGCUUAUGGAAGGGAGUCUGAGAUUGGUGAUAACGAGGAGGAGGAACAAGAUUUUUAA